GAGUUCUUCCUUUCUCUUCUGUCUCGGCCUCUCCCCCUCUCUCUCUCAAGGUCUCUCUGCCUGUUCUCCCUACUGCCACCACCCCUUCUGUCCUGUCCCUCCCACCGGUGUCUCACCCCUCUAGGAGAAGAUGUCAGCCCACGAUGGCUGCCUCAGCCUUGUCAAGUACCUCCUCUUCGUCUUCAACCUCUUCUUCUUCGUCCUAGGCAGUCUUAUCUUCUGCUUCGGCAUCUGGAUACUCAUCGACAAAACCAGCUUCGUGUCCUUCGUGGGCUUGUCCUUCAUGCCCUUGCAGAUCUGGUCCAAGGUCCUUGCCGUCUCAGGAGUCCUCACCAUGGGCCUUGCCCUCCUGGGUUGUGUGGGGGCCCUGAAGGAGUUCCGCUGCCUCCUGGGCCUGUAUUUUGGGACACUGCUGCUCCUGUUUGCCACACAGAUCACCCUAGGAAUCCUCAUCUCCACUCAGAGAGUCCAGCUGAAGAGGAAAGUGAAGGACGUUGUACAGAAGACCAUCCAAACCUACCGCGCUCACCUGGAGGAGACGGCAGCGGAGGAGAGCUGGGACUACGUGCAGUUCCAGCUGCGCUGCUGUGGCUGGGAGUCUCCUCAGGACUGGUUCCAUAUCCCCAGCAUGAGAAGCAACGAGUCCGAAGGGGACCGCGUGCCCUGCUCCUGCUAUAACUCAUCGGCGACCAACGACUCCACAAUCUUCGAUAAGAUCUCCUUCCCCCAGUUCAGCCGGCUCGGAUCACUGGCGCGGCCCCGACACAAUGCAGAAGUUUGCUCGGUCCCCGCGAAUAGCUACAUCUACCAACAGGGCUGCGAACAGAAUCUCUCCAACUGGUUGACCAACAACCUCAUCUCCAUAGUGGGCAUUUGUCUCGGCGUGGGUCUACUCGAGGUGAGUGUAGCCGGGCUGAGCCUGCUAUUACCGCGCAGCCUGUUGCACCGCGAACCCCAGCCGCAGGUGCCGGGUGCCUACAAUUCGAGCUCCGGGCCAGGCCCGAGCACCGACGGCAACGGUGGGCGCAGCAGCGGGCGUAGCGGCAGUCUGUGGGGUGGCUGGGGCAUGGCGGACGCCUGCCCCAACUGGGGGGACAAGGCCCCGCUGGGCAAGCUGCCCAAGGUGCUGGGGCCCUGGUCGCUUUGGGAUCAAGACGAGGAACAACUUGAGACCGGGAGUGCAGGCGCAGAGAUGGAGGCCGAGAUGGAAUUAGAGGCAGAGACGGAGGAGGAGAUAGAUGAGCCUCCAGAAUAAAGGACCCUGGGCUUUCUCCAGAUCACACUCCUUCUCAGACUCUAGACCCUAUGCUAGACGAAGCUGGGCUCCGCCUACCCCACCCUAUUCGCCCUUCUUGCUUCAAACUCUAUUCCCACCCCUCCCCAGCCUGCCUAUAUCUUUGGUGUCCCCACCCAAUUACCCCUAGCCCUUUUACACUAAUGCCACCACAUUCUCCAAACUGCCGUCCCUGAGUCUUUCACCAUCAGACCCAUCUCCUACCUACUCCCUUCUCCACACGUCCCAAGGUGAAGCCCCGCCCAACUCGCGGGUCCUCGUUUUCUGCCUCUGGCCCCACCCCCUAGAUUUUUUUCCCUAGGGACCCCUCGACUCUCCUGGCACCCUCUCGACCUCUGACCACGUCUCCUUUCUCUGUAGCUCAGCUUCAUGACGCUCUCCAUAUUCCUGUGCAGAAACCUGGACCACGUCUACGAUCGGCUCGCUCGGUACCGCUAGGCCCCGCUCUUCCCCAAGCCCCACCCCGACCCCCUCAAGUGUCCAGGGUAUUUAGUUCCCUGUCGCCUGUAAAUAUUUGUUCAAUCCCCAGUU